AUGGAGGAACAACACGACCAACAGCCUAAACCCAACAACAUCAAAGCUUCCGACACCGACCCUUUUCUUUUAAACUACACACCUUCGGAUCUCCGAACCGCUUCGGAAUUUCUCGCCACCUGGCUCCCCUUUCUUUCCCGAGAUCUCUGCACGCGCUGCACCCAAUCUCUCUCCGAUCGUAUUCAAUCCAUCGCCCCAGGUGAAGCUCCCGCGCCCCAAAACGACAGUCCCAUAGACCAAAACGACGCCGAAGAUAACUGCGACGCUCAUUCUCUGGGGAGUUGGAAAGACGGGGCGGAGGUGAAUCCCAGUGUGGAGACUCCGACUCAGAGAGUUUGUUGGGCCGACAUGGCCCAAGAAGAUGAUGAGCUUGGCGAAGAAGAAAACAACAACAAUGGGGUAAAUGUUGCUGCGGGUGAUUCGAAUUAUGCUUCUGAUUUGGGUAAGGUUGUGGCUGAGAAGCCUACUUUGCCUAGGGAGCAGAGGGAGUUCAUUAGGUUCAUGAGUGUGAGGCGCAAGAAGGACUUUAUUUGCUUUGAGAGGGUUAAUGGGAAGCUUGUAAACAUUCUUGAAGGGCUUGAACUCCACACCGGGAUUUUCAGUGCUGCUGAACAGAAAAGGAUUGUUACUUAUGUUGCUUCAUUACAGGAGAUGGGGAAAAGAGGAGAAUUGAAAGAGCGGACAUUCUCAGCUCCCCAGAAGUGGAUGAGGGGCAAGGGACGCCAAACCAUCCAAUUUGGGUGCUGUUACAAUUAUGCAGUGGAUAGAGAUGGUAACCCACCUGGUAUUCUUCCGCAUUCAAUGGUUGAUCCUGUACCCGAUCUUUUCAAGGUCAUCAUUCGGCGUCUGAUCAAGUGGCACAUACUCCCCCCUACUUGUGUGCCAGACAGUUGUAUUGUUAAUAUCUACGAAGAGGGGGACUGUAUACCCCCACACAUAGAUAACCAUGACUUUGUUCGACCAUUUUGCACUGUCUCAUUUCUUAGUGAGUGCAAUAUAGUUUUUGGAUCAAACUUAAAGAUUGUAGGCCCUGGUGAAUUUGAUGGUUCGAUUGCUAUUCCGUUACCUAUGGGGUCUGUGCUUGUCUUGAAUGGAAAUGGAGCUGAUGUAGCUAAGCACUGUGUGCCAGCAGUCCCUACGAGAAGGAUAUCGAUCACAUUUAGAAGAAUGGAUGUAUCCAAGAGGCCUUUUGGGUAUGUUCCAGAACCUGAUCUUCAGGGGAUCCAACCACUGGCCUAUGAAGUUGAUCAGGAAAAGAAAUCAAGUGGACACAGACCUAAUCGUCAUGUGAAGAGAAAUAGAGACAGGAGAGGAGGUGGCAGGAAUGAUGCAAUGGGAUUUGCAGCUAGAAAUGAUAGGUUCUCAGAGCACCGUGACUCGAAUCUUAAUUCACCCAGAUCAGGAAAUAGGUGGAGUAGAAAGCCUGUUAGUUGA